CUCCUAUUUUCUUCUUCUCUCACCUUAUAUAUCCAAACCUGUCACGCUCUUCUCAUCGCAUAGAAACAAACAAAAACAAUCUUCAAAGAAGAAGCAACAAAAAUCGCCAUGGAUUUCAGGUUGAUGGGACUCGAUUCUCCAUUGCUGAGCACCAUUCACCACAUGAUGGAUAUGAGCGACGACAAUGCCGACGCCAAGAACAUCAACGCUCCCACAAGGACCUACGUGCGUGACGCGAAGGCGAUGGCGGCUACUCCGGCCGACGUGAAGGAGUAUCCUCAGUCGUACGUGUUCGUGAUCGACAUGCCGGGACUGAAGUCCGGUGACAUCAAGGUUCAGGUGGAGGACGACAACGUUCUGAUCAUCAGCGGCGAGAGGAAGAGGGAUGAAGAGAAAGAAGGUGCUAAGUAUUUGAGGAUGGAGAGGAGGGUUGGAAAAUUCAUGCGCAAGUUUGUGUUACCGGAGAAUGCAAACACUGAUGCUAUCUCUGCUGUGUGUCAAGACGGAGUUCUCACCGUCACCGUUCAGAAGCUUCCUCCUCCUGAGCCUAAGAAGCCUAAGACUAUUGAGGUUAAGAUUGCUUGAGCUUUGACCACCCAGCUAUCUUCGGUUUUCACGGCCAUUUUAAAUAACUAUCUAGGGUUUCCUUCUUCCUCAUCGUCAUCAUCUUUGUGUUUUGUGCUUUUUUUCCCCCUUUCUUUUUAGGUUCUGUGUAUGCCUCUUGGUUGUGAUUACUAGAAAUAUGAUCAUUUGAUGUGAUCAUUUUAAAUGAUGUUUGUUAAUGCAUAUGAUUGUCCCUCUUGUUUCUUA